AUGGAAGGGUACGACUGGGCGGAUGUAGCUUCUUAUUUUAUUGCAAGGUUAUGGCGCACCCUGAUCACCUCAUAUACCGCGCUUGAUCUCACCAUGAUUUCAGACCGCCUGCCAGCUAUCGGAGGUCUCGCAAAGCAUAUGGCUGCCAGGCGAAAGUCUACGUAUCUGGCAGGGAUAUGGAAAGACACCAUUAACGAUGAUUUGCUUUGGAUCAUACCGACUACCCUCAAAAACCCGAGACCAAGUCCUCGGACCGCACCGACCUGGUCUUGGGCUAGUGUCGACUCGAGUGUUGAUGUGUGGGACGCAGUGUUUUUCUGGGAUCCCGACCUUGACUACGAGGAAGACUCUAGAGGCCUAUAUGAGCACAAUAGCACCGUUGUGGACUGCCAAGUCACUCCGUCAGGCGUGGAUAAUUAUGGCGGCAUAGCCCAUGGGCUUCUGAGAAUAUCCGGCCUCAUAGUGGAUGGAGUGCUUGAACGAGACACCGUGAUUCGACAUGGGAAGGAGACCACGGUUCACUAUGUCGUUGUGUCAACCGGUCGGUUCCGUAUCGAUGCUGAUUACGCCUUGGACAGCCCUGGACCAGAUCAGGUUCUUCCGGGCGCAGCUAUCCUAUGCCUUAGGAUGAGCUUCAUCCAAGACGGACCGAGUGACAAUUUCAAACUCAUUUCACUGGUUCUGAGGGAAAGUAAGCAGCAACCUGGAAAGUAUGAACGGAUCGGAUGCUUCUUUAUCCAGUCAACCACCCCACCGAACGAUUUGCAGAGAAGCAUGUAUGCGAGUGGCAGCGUGCGUACAGUGGAUAUCGUGUGA